CAGCCUCGUGUCGCGCCAGUUGAUCCAUCGCCAACUCCCUUCAACUUUCAACAGACCUAUGCGACGGUCUGAUACUCGAUCCAUACCACUUCUCCCAAGUCUUUACGUGUGCCGGCACCUCUCAAAGAACCCGACUCUACACAAGACUGUACCCCGCUUCGGACGACGACGAGCCCCGAACCGAUCUAAUACCGAAUAG